UGGAAGCCCCGGUAUCCGGAUACCAGCGUCACUCAAUCAGCAUCAAGCGCAACACACGGCCGCUUUGGGAAAUGGCCGGACUAUCCAAACUGUCCGACAGAUUAUGAUGCGAGUGAGAUGAACCUGCUGGACACCUGACGAGAUGAUCCUCCUAUAAAAUGCGUACAGUUGCCUGCACUUCACCGGCCAUGUAACUUCUAGUGUUGUGAAAUCAUUAUGCAAGAGAACAAACCGGAUUGCUUGUACCAGCGGUAUCCCAAGGACAUAAUGACUUCGGCUGUUCCUCGAUCGGGAUUUGUUGUCUUUUGCAUGAUUUUAGUCCUGAUUUGUGCCCUGUACCCUGUGCUGAAGACACUGUGUGUUCAGAUUCACUCUGCUGUCACAGGAAGCUAUGUGGCAGGAUAUCACUCUGUGCUGCUUGUCAACUGUCCCACAGAACAAACCGCUAGAGACAUUGGCAGGAGCAUCAUGGAGAAAAGGCUGGCAGCAUGCGUGAAUAUAUUUCCUCGCACUACCACUAUGUACUACUGGAAAGGAGAGAUACGGGAUACCUCAGAAAUACUGUUGCUUGUGAGGACAAGAACAUCUCUGGUGCAGAGACUUGUGACUUAUAUAAAAGCUGUGCAUCCAUAUGACAUUCCAGAAAUCAUCAGUUUUCCUAUCGACGAUGGAAGUCAGCAUUACUUGAAGUGGAUGGAAGAUGCCGUCACUGAUAUUUGACACAUCAUUCCGCAAUACAGUGGAAAAGCUCUCUUGUUGGAAGCUCACUAUACAGAAACACUGAGGGAUAUGGGAACAUGAGCACAAAUUCUCAGGUUAAUGGGAACCCUGGCCCACACAAUGAAUGUCUGUUAAUAUAAAGAUCAGUGUAUACAUUUACUGGAUGGAUGUGUAAGGGAUUCUGUGUUUUUACCAGUACUAUUACAUUUAUGCAUUUAGCAGAUGCUUUUAUCCAAAGUAACCUACAAUAGAAGAACAAAAGCAAUUUGUCACAGAGCCAACAAUAUUUAUAGUAUGCCAGGGUUAUUAGACAGCUAUAUUUGGAAGCAAGCAAGCAAAGCAGAGGAGAAAUGCAGA